AAUUUCCUUCCCUCUCACAGUCCCCAACCCAUCCCGGCGAGAACAUCUGGUCACCACCAAAACUACCCUGUUCGCCGGAGAGUCGGAUAUUUUGGAAAAUCAUUUUGAAUGUUCUUAGAGCCUUGUCUUUGAGAGUGAAAAAAAAAGGAUAAAAUACGCCGGUGGCCCAAGAAAUACAGUGACUAUUAGUUAUGGCGUCGUCAGAGAAUUUGGCAAAUGUCCAACCUUGGACCUUCCGUUCUGCCUUUGCGGACUCCUUGAUCUCCGAAGCUUUUGCUCUAGACACCGAGAGCCUCACCAGGGCUCUCGAGAAAUCGCUCACCGAGGGCAACCUCGACUUUCUGCCCACCGACACCAUCUCUCCCUUUUUCAAUCCCGUAAAUCCCGACACAGCGCCAACCACACCAACCGUUUCGGGUCUCUCCGGAGGCUCCGAACCAGAUACCGCCACCCAGAAACGCCAGCGUAACACGAUCGCCACGGCAGGUGGCAAAAUUUCCAAACGGAAGUCGCGUGCUUCGAAGAAGUCCCAGACGACCUUCAUCGCGGCAGAUGCGGCCAACUUCCGCCACAUGGUACAACAGGUGACCGGCGUGAGACUCGGUAACUCGCAUGUGCCUGUCGUACCGAUCCUGAAGCCGGAGCCCCAGAGACCCGGGGGCCGUAUUCCAGGGGCGGGAUGCUUGCCGACCCUCGAUACAUCGGCGUUUCUGCUGGACCAGCAGCAGCAGCAGCAGACAGUACGACCCAAGUCAGCUGCUGGAGCCGUGAGUUCUGGGGUUUCUGGGACUGGCCCACUCUCCUUUGGAUCGAAUAUGGCUUUAGCUGAUGGCAGCGGUGUUGGAGGGUUAGAUUUUGACACUUUUCCGAGCUUUCCCACCUUAGAAUCGUGGAAAGUCGUGUGAUAUUUUCCAGGAUAGAUAUAUAUAUCCCUAAGUAACAUCAUGUUUCUUUGUUUCUUUUUUUCUUUGUUUCUUUGUUUUGGGGAGACCCGGCACUUGUAGGGUAGUCAUGUCGUGGCUCAUGGGGUUGAUCUGUUCAUAACUUGGGAAGGCCAUGUUCGGAUGGUUGGUUUUUACUGCAUAGUUUCUUUGUUGUUACUUUACUUAUUAUAUGGGAAUAUUAUAUAGAUGACUCUUGUUUUGCUUA